AUGACUUUUAAAGAACGAGCAAUGAAUACAUUUUACUAUGUGGCAUUACAGUACUACAUGAAAGACUGGUGUGACACGAGAAAUAAUGCUUUGGAAAAGGUCGCUGAUAAAGUUAGAUUGCCUCAUAAAAUUAGACCUGUUCUCAAUGAUGCAGACCUCAUUUUUAUCCAGUCUAAUUUUCCAUACUUCUACCCUCGUCCAAUCAUGCCAAAUGUUGUCCCUGUAUUAGGGUUACUAGAUCGUGACCAUAAGCCAAUUGAUGCAAAGUUUCUCAACUUCAUAGAUGGCGCUAAUGAUGGUUUUAUCAUCUUCACACUAGGUACAUUGGCAACAGGUUUCGAUGCGCAAACUCGGGAAAUUUUUGCUACUGCGUUUGCGAUGUUGAAACAACGAGUUUUAUGGAGGUAUAUUGGCUCUGAUCCUCUAUCACUAGGCAACAAUACAAUGUUGUCACCAUGGUUACCACAAAACGAUCUUCUUGGGCACCCAAAAUUGAAAUUAUUCAUUACCCAUUGUGGAUCAGGAAGCUCGGGAGAAGCUGUUUACAACGCUGCACCUGUGAUUGGUCUUCCUUUAUUUUUAGAUCAGCGCCAUCACUGUGCUCUUUUGACAAAACGUCAUAAAAUGGGAUUAACAUUAUCAUUUGCUGAUAUCACAUUGGACACAUUUUCUGCUGCGAUUGUUGAGGUCCUCGGAAACCCUCAGUACAAGAAAAAUGCUGUAAAAGCGCAGAAACUGGUCCGGGAUCAACCCAUCAAUGCUACAUACAACAGGAUCUUAAGAGGUUCUGGACAAAUCAUUUGA